AAAUGCUGGUUAGUGUCUCCUACGAUUCGUUUAUUUGAAAAAGUGUUUCUACACACACGCAUUGAUAUGUUUCUGUGUAGGUCUGCUGUAGUAAAUCUGGUAACCGUAACAGUUUAAGACACUCGCCUAUAGUAUAACACAACCCUAAUUAGAAUAUUCAAAUGCGAUAUUGUCUUCACCUGGACGUUUCAAACAAAACCCCCGCUGUGUUUCGCUUGGUCUUAUUUUCCCAUUGUGUACGGUUGCUAGGCGACAGUGUUUAUAUGCGUGUCCACGUGUGCUACGGUCUGUUUCGUUUAUCGGACUAGAAGGUGCGCAGCUGAUCACUGGUGGACUGGUUCGGGAAGGUUUGUGUGAAUCGAUUCAACUCCAAAAUGGCUGCAGCAAAGGAGAAAGAGCCUUUAAACAUGGUGCACCAGAAUGCCAUACUGUGCGAAACUACCAGCAAGGAGCACAGGCAUCAGAAAUUAUACACGCAGUUCUGCAUCAACCCCUACACAAAAAUCCAUUCUUUGACUGGGAAGCCGAUGUCAGUACACACUGCCGUGGAUGAAGAGGAACCAAACUUUUUAAAAGUCAUCCACAGAAGCAGACUGGAGCCAAUGAAGAAGUACACCCACCCACAGACAGAGAGCCAGGAGAUUGGUUGGAAUACAACCCCUCUGAUUGAUUCGGACCGCACUGACCGAAGGCUGAACUCCUAUCGGAAGAACACAGAACUCACCAAUUACAUGGAAGCUGCCUGGCGCCUGAAUGAACCGAUCUUUCACUAGAUGAAUCAUCUCGUGCAAAGCAACGCAUUGGCCUGUAGCAUGUGUUCUUGUUUUAAUAUAAAGAGGGGGAUCUUUGACACCCCCGACAUCUGUCUAUAAAAGCUUAGAUUAAGAAAUCAAGUUUCAUUGUACAAAGCAAGUUACGACACUGUUUCCAUCCCAAACACCCAAAACUCAUUUGAAAUAAGACUUCCAUUGGGGCGAAAGAGUGACCUUUCACUGUGUUUAUUUAUACUUGGUUGGUACAUUUAGUAAAAAUUCAACGUGCAGACAGGUCAUUUCAGCCACUUUACCUAGUCAAGAUUAUUUACUCAAAUAAUCAGGUGUGUGUCAGCUAUGAAUCGUACACGCUUACUUGUGAUGUCUGUAUGUCUUCAAUUGAUUACCAACUGGAAGGUAAGACCACAACUCAGGAGGAAAAAAAAAAAAAGAGAGAGAAGCCUCUAAGCUGUUCCCUGCCGAUUUAGCAGGGGCUUGCUCCCUGCUUGUGCUGCACAGCCACUCCCUCCUGGGAUACCAGCAAGGCAGUCCUAAACAAACAGGACGGGGGCCGGGACAGUCAAUCAAUCGCUAGAUAAGACACUGGACAGGACUGUGCUCGUUACUUUAGCUAUGGACACAGGACCAAAGAACCAGUGAUGGACAAGGCUUGCAGACACAUGGGUUUGUGAACACUCGCUUCACGUUGCAGAACAAUAGACAACACAUUACAUUGUAAUGAUGGGACUUUGCUAAUUUGGGGGGGG